AGUUGAUAGUUGUAUGAGAAAGCUGCAGAUGGUUGCCUGGUCGGAUGCCGAGCUAGACGAGAUGACGGAUGAGUUUCUCGCAUUGAUGCUUGGCGAGCGAAAUUUCAUCAAAAGGUGGACUGCAGAUGUUGAGAAGGAGUUGGCUCGGGAGCAGAUGGAAAAGAAGAGCUUUGCGUCCUCGCCAGCUAUGAGGGGAGCUGAUCACGGCGACCAAGCUCUUGCGAUUGCGGUUUUUGAAGAACUAAUUCACGCUAUAGACGCAUCUUCUCAAACAUUUCUAUCCGCAGUUGAUUUCACGAUAUGCCACUGUGAACCAGAACAUAAUCGAGAUGCAUCUUUGUUAUUUGCUGCCAGGCUUCAAGUAGAUCGAAUCACGUCAAGAAUGGUGGGCCGAGCACGCUAUGAAACUGCGGCUAGACGUCUUCUUCAGCUUGUAAGGCUCUUUACCACACGAAUAUCAUCAGCUUUUCAAAUAUCGAAUACCUCUGCAUUCGCUACUUCGCUUUGUGACAUGCUGUAUACUUUUUGUGACGGAUGUGCUAGAUUAAAGAUAGAGCAAAACACCUUGUCAGAUUUGCAUCGGGCUGUAGACGACUUCAAUGAAAUCGUGGUUGAAAAAUUAUCGAAGGUGGCAUUUGAGGCACAGUGCGUUCGACGAAGGACCACAACUUCGUCUCGGCAACAAUGCUACAGCCCGCAGCCUGUGAAACUGCGACGACCUCUAGUACAGAUCCAACAACGCAGCCCUGGGUAUCUUCUUCCUGCGGAGUUGUAUAAAAAACGACAACGACUUGCUCGUUCCCGCAGUCAACCUGCCUUAGCUCCAUCCAGUGGAAAUAGGCCGCAGAGAGUGUUAACGAAAGAUCGUCUAGAGGUAUCCGGUGACACAAAGCGAUCUAGGCUGCAUCAGCCGUCAGCAGCGGUCGAUCCGAUCCCGGCGACAACAUCGGAAGAAGCCAACGAAGCUACAAUUCGGCUGGCUAGAAAAAUCAGCAGUGAAGUCAUGAGGGAUCUGAGGAAAAAGUAUGGCAAUGUGGAUCUUGGACUUUUAGGAAUUUGAUACAGAAAUAGGAAUUUGAUACAGAAACUUUUAACAGCAUCUUGAUACCUGAAAGGUCUUUGGUGAUUUCCAGCCUACUAAUCUAUCAUUCUGACCAUUUUCUUAUGUGAUUUUUAUUCAAGUGCGGGUUCUUUACAGCAUCAGUAAUAUCAUUUUUCUGGGAUAUAUAUAAAGGCU